CUUCAGAUGUCAAAUUGUUUUUGACUUUUUGUUAGCGUCCUUAUUGUAAAUUUUAAAUAGUUUUAAAUUAAUUGUUGUUUUAAAAUGUUACAAACAAUCCAUUUAUUUAUUUAAAAUGGACAACGUGGAGUGUUAAUUUCGACAAAUCUCGUAAACGGGCGUUCAAAUUUUCCCUCGCCCCUUGGAACAUUAUGGCGGUAUUUUGUGUUGUUUACGCCUGAAAAAUUACUUCAAAAUAUGGAUUCCUAUCACAGUGUGUCCGAGGAUUCGGGCUGCGUAAUCAGUCAGUCGGAUAAGUCGAGUUCAGUCGGUUUUUCUUACACGGAGACCCCAACUUCGGCGCUUCCAACAUCGCGAAAACGCAAAUUUUCACAGGACACUUACUCACAGAGCCACGAAUGGACGUUUACGUUCGAGGAAUCGAACGCAAACAACUUUAUGUCGAGUACGUUAAACGAAUCUCUAACGAAAAGUUUAGAAAAGUGCAACCUCUACACGCCGAACUUUUAUAUCGAACGUUCGCCCAGUGAAAAGUCGGAGAAACGUUACAAACUCGACGACAGUCCGGAGUUUCAACCGAAAACCCGUUCGGCGCCGUCUACGCCGACGAAACACCUCGAAGAUCAAGAGCUGAGCCCGAAUUGUAAGAGCAAGAGCGAGCCGCUGUCGUACUGCUACUAUACGCCCGACGUCAAGUUGGGAAAUCAGGAGAAGUUCGCAUUACUCUACCCGAACAUUCACCCGACCGUCUCGCCGACGAAACUCAAAACGCCCGAAAAGCUACGCGAGUUCCUCAAGAAGUUGAAUUCGCCCGCGAAAAAGCGACUGUUCGAGCCCGCCGAACGUCCGACGACCGAUCCGAUCGUACUCUUUACGGUCAAGUACAAUGUGCGGCACGUUGUCGCGAUGAUUUUCGAUUACCUGUCCCCCCGCGACCUUUGCACGAUCAGUCGGGUGAGCAAGGUGUGGCGGAGAGCCCUGCUUCACGACCACAAGGCGUUCCCGAGGUACUACACGUACUCGCAGGAGUAUAACAGCAAUAAGGAGAACGUCGGCGAUUCGUUCUGUUUUCGCGAGCCGGACACUCCACCUCUCAGUCCGGACACGGAUAGUUUUCGUCGGUGCACGAAGAUCGUCUCCCGGCUCUCUCCUAGUCAAAGUCUCCACAAGUGCCUACGUUGUAUGGAACCCGCUGUGAUACAAAAAAACGUUAGUCAAUGCCAAAACCCGAACUGCCUCUACAUUUACUGCCGGAACUGCCUGAGCUUCUCGAUGACGGGUCCCGAGUACUUCAACGACAAGUGUCGCAUGUCCGAGCUCGUCGUGACCACCGGCCUCAAUCGUAGCAGUCUGUGCGACAUCUCCAACGGGGCGUCGCCCUCGUUCUUCCCGAACGACACGGUGCCCCAAUCGAAGUACGACUCGUCCGGUUACGCGUCAGAAUUGGACACUACGCCGGUUAUAAAACGUGCCCUCGCCGGUCAGCCCCUUCAGCCGGUGACCAUCAACAGGCUGGAUAGCGUAAUUCGGCGCAGAACGCGGCGGCCAUCCCUCGUAUCGGUAGUCGCGGCACGAACCACGCCGCAAAUCUUGGAGGUGAUCGAGCCUUCGAGUCCCCCUAAAGUAAAGGACGUUGCGUGCUCUACGAAAAGCAAAAAGUACUUAAAACGUCUGAAAUUUUAAGUAAAAUGUUAACGACUAUUCAUAAGUUAAGUAUGUGUACUCUCAAUGAAACGGCAGGGCACUGGUUAAGUUAUUCUAUUAACGUAAGGUUUAUGUAGAGGAAAAUUGAGCUUUGUCAUUCGUUCCUUACAUUUGUUAGCGAAUAAAGUUUUAUCUUGCAGAAGAAUAAAAAAUCACUUACCCUUC